GCACGGUGUUGUGUGAAGCUGUUGCCACGCCUUUCCAACUCAGUAUAUAAACGCUAGGUUCACCAACAACACGCCAUUGACGCAGAAUUAUCCAGUCUUAGUCUGCAGCACUUUGAUCAUGAACAAGUUGAUCCUCCUGUCGUUUCUGCUUGCAAUAUGCAUUGCAAUUACAUAUGCAAGCGAACACCAACGUCGAAGACAUCACCGCCGUGAAAGCAGUAGCGUUGUCCACCAUCGGCACGGCCACCGUAACCAUCGCAGUGACCAUGGACGUCGUCGCUACAGUCGCAGCGAACACCGGCGGCUUAGUUCAGGUGGUCACCGUCAUCGCCGCGAAGGUUAUAGCUCGAAAAGAAGGUCUCGGGAAAUCUACCAUCGUUACCGUUCUGGAUCCAAAGGAAUUUCGGAUGAUACUUCCACCAGCAGCUCUGAAGACAUUCAUCAUCAUUACUACGAGAAGAUCGAUGACGUCCCCAAGAGCCCCAUCAUCAAGACCACUGAAAGCAGCGACAGCAGCUUCAGCAGCAGCGAAGAGACCAUUAUCCACCACCAUCACCACUCCUCGCCGAAAUCUUACUCCGAGUCUUCAUCUGGUUCUGGCUGUUCUGGAUGCGGCGGAUGUGGCGGAUCGUCAGAAUCAUCUGAUUCGUCAUCAGAGGAUUUCCCCGUCCCCAUUCCUAUCCCCCUUCUCCAAGGCGGCGGCAGCAGCGGCAGUCACACCAACUACCUUCCUAUCGUCCUGACUACAGCUGGCUAGGCACGAACAUGGCCUACAUGCAUUUUAGACUACAUACGUCUUCCGUUAUAUACGCAUUUAGUCCGCAAUUGUGUGACAUUGGCAUAACAUUUUGAAAUAAAAUGAAUCCUACCUGGCGACCAUUAUGUUUUAUUUGAUGCCCUCAUUUCAAUAAACAUCAGUAAAUGUACUCACCUAUUGUCUGAAACACGAUUGUACGAGAAACGUUAGAAGUUGUUGAGAUUGCAUAAAUUUACAUCCUUGAAGUUACCUUCAAUUAUACAUGUACAGUAAACUACGGUUAUAACGAACUCAAAGGGAAUACUAAUUUUAGUUCGUUAUAACCGUAGUUCAUUAUAAGCAUAUAUACAGCAUAACUACGGCAAAAAGUCUGGAAAAAAUUAAGUUCGUUUUAUCUGUCAGUUCGUUUUAAGCGUGCUCGUUAUAACCGUAGUUUACUGUAUACCUUUAAUAUCCCGAGAAGCGCAGAGGGCACAGAUUUCACGUCACGCAUUUCCAUUGCAGAGUUACAAUCUUCAGUUCCUCGGAGCCACCUUGAGCAUGAGCUGUAUAUUUGACAGAUGCUUGUAACUGCAUGUCUGUGUCCCUGGUAGACGUUUUGUAACAUAAGUUAAUGUGGACUACCGUUCGAUUGCGGCAUAUAAUCGAGACUGAUUAUUCCCUGGCCUUGGCGUUUUAUAUUCGGCAAUAGCUGUGACGCUGUGAUUAUACUUAUUUUGAUAUACAGUAAACUACGGCUAUAACGAACUCAAGGGUACUACUAAUUUUAGUUCGUUACAACCGUAAUUCGUUAUAAGCAUAUAUACAGCAUAACUACAGCAUAUAGUCGGGACAUAAAAGUUAGUUCGUUAUAUCCGUUAGUUCGUUAUAAGCGUGUUCGUUAUAACCGUAGUUUACUGUACAUACCCAAUCAAUAUCUUGACAUGGUGCCACUGCAUGCUUCUGUCACCCCUUCCCCUUCACACGUGCACAUGAGCAAAAUAUUAUCAAAGACGGCAUGACCUCACAGUGCCCUGUUAGUAUAUUUUGAGGAGUUUUAGCCCUUGGUCUGAAUCAUGAAAACAAUUAUAUGAAUUAAUUUGAUGCUGUUAAAUUGAGUAUUAAUUAUGUUAAACAGACCAUCACGUUGUGACUGCUAUAAAACUAUGUUGGUAAUUGUGGAUCAGUUAUUGUAUUUUGGAUUGCAAAAUUAUGUUUAUAAUUAUUUGUUUAUUGAUUGCUAUUAAAUUGAGUAUUAAUGAUUUUAGAGAGAGACCAUCUAAUUGGACUGCUAUAAACAGUUUUAGUGAUUGUUUAUGUCGUAUUGUGACCAACAAAAUUAUUUUUCCCAAUUAUAAUUUAUAAUUAUUUGUUUAUUGUUUGCUAUUAAAUUGAGUAUUAAUGAUUUAAGAGAGACCAUCAAAUUUGAUUGCUAUAAACUAUUUUAGUGAUUGUUUAUGUCGUAUUGUAUUGUGACCAACAAAAUUAUUUUUCUUGUUCUUAAUUAUGUGUUUGUAUGCUGCCACCAGCACAUUUCGUACUAACUUUAAUUUUAUAGUUUACAACAUAACUUUUCUUUCCUUGUACUCAUGUGAUAUUCAGUGUCUUUUGUUUUACGUAGACCUUGUUUUAUAUAUUAAUCUGUUCAUUUGAAUGAAGACGUAUGUAAUAAAUAUUCUAAAAC